UUUGAGUUUUGCUUAACCUUAUCUUUUAUUUUCUUCCUUUUAGCUCUCAAGACUGCCGAUAUCGUGUUUUUGGUUGCUAGCAGCAAUGCAUCUUCCCCUUAUGUUAAAACAUUUAUUAGCAAAACAAUAAAUAGCUUACCUCUAGGGCCAAAUGAGUAUCGUGCAGCACUUGCUCAGUUCAGCGAUCAGGUAUACAAUGAAUUCCACCUGGAUACCUACAAAGGGAAGAACCAAAUGCUGAACCACAUCAAAAGUAAAUUGGUGUUUAAAGGUGGCCCUUUGAAAACAGGCAAUGCUCUCAGGAAGAUUCAGGAAUCAGUUUACUGGAAAUCAAUCACAGGACAAAACAGGUCCAAGAUUUUGAUAGUUAUGACACCUCAACCAUCUGAGGAUGAUGUGAAAGAAGCUGCUCAAAUGCUGCAGAAGGCUGGAGUGAAGACUGUUGCACUGGGGAUGGAAAAUGCUUCACAUGAUGAACUAUUUCUCAUAGCCACAAAACCAUAUUCUUUCUUUUUUCCUAUAAUGGAAGAACUCAGUUUAUUUUCUCAGAACAUUUCUGGAAUCAUUGUUGAUGCUUUGCACACAGAUCCAUCAAAUAACGGAACAGCAUUAGAAGCUUGUGAUGCUGAUGCAGUUGCUGAUGUUGCUUUCAUAGUUGAUGUGGGCUCAUCACAAACAAACAUCGAAAAGAUUCAAAUAUUUUUAGAGAAGCUGGUAUCGUCUCUGGAUGUGAAGGACAAAUGUAUGAGGAUUGGCUUAGUGACAUAUAGCAAUAAGCCCCAGGCGACAUCUUUACUGAGAAUGGCAACGGAUAAAACUCAUGUCCUGCAGAGCAUUCAAAGUAUUUCUCCCAAGGGAGGAAAGGCCAACUUGGGGCCUGUCAUUCAUUUCACAAAGGAAAAAGUCUUCUCCAAAAGUGCAGGAAGCAGAAAGUCUCAAGGAGUGGAACAAAUAGCCAUUGUGAUCACCCACAGGACUUCGGAAGAUGAUGUGAGUGGUGCAGCAACUGCUCUCAGGAGGGCUGGUGUGACUAUCUUUGCCAUUGGCAUUGAUGCAGCUAACACCACCCAGUUAGCUCAAAUAGUUGCUUACCCUCCAGAAAAACACCUUACUCGCUUAAAAACAUUUUCCCAUUUGCCAAAUAAAACUCAGAUAUUUCAUAAGAAGAUCAUGAAUAAAAUACAGCAAAAGCUUUACUUGGACGCCAAAAGAGCAGAACUUCUCAAAAGAGGAUGUGUGGAUACAGAAGAAGCUGAUAUUUAUUUUCUCAUCGGUGGUUCUUCAAGUAUGAAUUAUUUUGACUUUGCGGACCUAAAAUUGUUUUUGAAAGAAGUAGUCAAAUUUUUUAUGGUUGGACCUAACAAGGUUCGGUUUGGAGUUGUACAGUAUGCUGAAAUCAAUGAGCUGGAAUUUGGACCUGAGGAAUAUGGUAAAACAAGUGACAUCUUGAAAGCCAUCGAAAACAUCCGCCAAUUAAGAGGGAACCCUCACACAGGAAAAGCUUUGAAAUUUAUUCAUCCUUUAUUAAGGAAAUCACAAGGGCAACAUUCUAGAAAUGUUCCCUGUCAUCUGGUGGUAUUAACAGACCAGAUAUCGGAAGACCCUGUGAAGGAACCCGCCAAGAAGUUGAAGAAUGAAAUGGUCAGCAUUUAUGCCAUUGGUAUUAGACAUGCCAAUGAGUCCCAGAUUUAUGAGAUUGCAGAGUCUAAAGACAGAGCUUAUUUUGUGAAUGAUUUUGCCUCUUUGAAACAUAUAAGGAACGAAGUUGUCAGAGACAUCUGUGCUGUAGAAGCCUGCAAGGAAAAGAAAAGCGAUAUUCUCUUUCUGGUGGACAGUUCUAGGAGCAUCAGCCCAGAUAACUUUUUGAAAAUGAAGGACUUUAUGAGUGAAUUAGUGAACAAAUCUGACAUUGGUUUAGACCGUAUGCAUGUUGGUGCCAUCCAAUUCAGCAGCAGAAACAAAGAAGAAUUUCGUCUCAGCCAGUAUGCUACAAAGAGUGACAUCAUCAGAGCUAUUGGGAGAAUGUCUCUUAUGGGACAGAGUACACUUACGGGAGGAGCUCUGCAAUUUGUGUUGGAUUAUUUCAGGCCCAUCAAAGGUUCCCGACCCUACGUUAAGAAAAUUCUUAUACUUAUAACAGAUGGAGAAGCACAGGAUGAUGUAAAAACCCCUGCAGAAGCUUUGCGACAAGAAGGCAUCAUUGUCUAUUCUGUGGGAGUAUUUAAUGCAAACAGAACACAGCUGGUGGAGAUAAGUGGGAAGCCGGAGAUGGUGUUUUACGUGGAAGAUUUUGACAUUCUGAAGCACUUAGAAAACGAAAUCCUCUUUGGAAUAUGUAGCCCAUAUGAUGAGUGCCGGAGAAUAGAACGCCUAGAUAUUGUGUUUGUCAUCGAUGGUUCUGGAAGUAUAGAUCCUAAAGAAUAUGAUAUUAUGAAAGAAUUCAUGAUUUCCCUGGUGAAAAAAUCUGAUGUCAGCCAUGAUCGAGUUCAGUUUGGGGCUGUAAAAUAUUCUGCUGAGCCAGAAACGUUCUUCUAUCUGAACAGAUAUACUACAAAAUCAGCAAUCAUUAGGGCUAUCCAAAAUGAUAAAUCUAUUGGGGAAACAACAUACACAGCCAAGGCACUGAGACACUCAGAAGGUCUUUUCUCGGAGGAGCAUGGGAGCCGUAAACACCGGGGGGUCCCACAAGUUCUUAUAGUGAUAACUGAUGGGGAUUCCCAUGAUGCAGCAGAACUCGAUGAAGUAUCAAAGAAGCUCCGAGCAAAUGGCAUUAUUAUCUAUGCAAUUGGGAUAGAAAGAGCCAGGCCAGAUGAGCUUCUGACCAUGGCGGGAUCCGAAGAUAAAUAUUUUUAUGUUAAUACAUUUGAAGGACUAAAACACCUGUACCCUAGAAUAUCUGAAAAGAUCUGCAGUGUUUCAAAACCAGAAUGUGGGAUUCCAGCUGAUCUGGUCUUCCUUAUCGAUGGGUCGAACAGUAUAAGUGACAGUGACUUUACCAAGAUGAAGAAUUUUCUGCAAGAUGUGGUUCGUCCAUUUGACACCGGUCACAAUGUCCAAGUUGGCAUUGCUCAAUACAGUGACAGGUACCGGAAGGAAUUCAGCCUGAAUAUGUUCUCACACAAAUUGGAACUAGAAACCCAAAUUGGACGAAUUCGGCAGAUGGAAGGACUUCAGACUUACAUCGGGGCAGCUCUUGACAGAGUGAGGAACUUCUUCACACCAGAAGGUGGCAGCAGAGUAAAUGAAAACAUUCAGCAGAUUUUGCUGGUGAUCACUGAUGGACGAUCUCAUGAUAAAGUGGUGAAAGCAGCAGAAGAUCUGAGAAAGAAAGGUGUUGACAUAUAUGCCAUAGGAGUAGGGAGAAUUGACCAUUUGCAGCUUAGUCAGAUAGCUGGCUCCUCAGACAGGAAAUACACAGUUGAUAAUUUCAGCGAACUGAAGGUAAUUAAAAAAAGACUAGUUGAUGAUAUUUGUGAGGAAGAAGAUAAAACAACAUGCUUCAUGGAUGUUGUUGUGGGAAUCGAUGUCUCCUCACAAAAGCAAGGUGACCGUGUCUUUCAAGGGCAAUACCAGCUGGAAUCUCGCCUUCCUCAAAUUGUCAGUGCUCUCACGUCCUUGACUGGUGUGAGUUGUAAACCUGGAUCACAGUCACAAACCAGUGUGGCACUGCAAGUAAAAAACACAGAUCCACCUGUGGCUUCAAAGUUCCAAAUUGACAGUGAAAAGCUUUUGAACAGCCUUGAGGGUACCACUAUCCAGAAUGCAACUCACUUGAAUGUGGAGUUUUUGAAUUCUCUUUGGGAAACAUUCCAAAUGAAAUCUGCAAAUCGAAGAAAGGUGCUACUCAUAUUUUCGGAUGGCUUGGAUGACAGAAUAGAAAUCCUGGAGGAGAAGUCAGAAGAACUUAGGGAAAAAGGACUGGAUGCAUUGAUAACCGUUGUUCUGGAAGGACCUUCAAAUUUUAAUGACCUUCAGUACAUUGAGUUUGGAAAAGGAUUUGAAUACAAGACACAGCUGAAUAUUGGCAUGAGAAAUAUUGACAGUCAGUUGAUCAAGUAUAUGACCAACAUUGCUGAACGCACCUGUUGCUGUGUGUUUUGCAAAUGCAUUGGUGACGCGGGAGAAGCUGGUGAGGAAGGAAGAUAUGGGAUGGAGGGUCUUCAAGGACUUAAAGGAAGCCCUGGACAUGCAGGAAAUGAAGGCGAACCUGGUCCAAGAGGGUUACCAGGACCAGAGGGAGACAGAGGUUACAUAGGUUGUAGAGGUAACCGAGGCCCUAAGGGACAGAGAGGAAUAAUUGGUCGAAAGGGAAACAGUGGAGAGAAAGGAAUGGAUGGCAUUAACGGAGAGCCAGGGUCAUCUGGGCUUCCAGGAAUUAAAGGUGAAAAGGGUGAAUCAGGCUAUCAGGGCAGCCCAGGAUCAAAAGGAGUCCUCGGAGAACGUGGUGAAAAGGGUUUUCGAGGACAUCCUGGUGCCUCUGGAGUAGAUAAGAAUGUGGCAGGACCAAGAGGUUUACAAGGGGAGAGAGGAAGAGGGGUAACUUGUUUUUUAUCAUCUGAUUUUUUUAAUCACCACACAAUGAAAAUAGCUGUCUGGGGACCUUAUCCUACUAUGGCGGUGAUUAGCUCCAUUGCGUUAAUAAGAAAUCAUAUCAUGACAUUUAUCAGUGCCCAUACCAUGGUGUUGUUUCUUGCCUUUUCUCCUGAAAUUAUCCAUUCUCAGACUUAUCACUCUUACUGUAAAAUUGGGGACAAGGCAUACAUCCAAGUGACUUGUAACUCACAUUCCUUGUUUUGUCUCCAGGGUGAGAGGGGACCAACAGGCCUUACAGGAUUGCCAAAUUCCAAAGGAGCAAGGGGACACCAAGGUCAAAGAGGUCCUCAAGGCCCUCAGGGAAGAAGAGGAUCACAGGGAGUCAGUGGUUUUCCAGGACAGCAAGGAUUUAAAGGUCCACAGGGUGAAAGAGGAAUUCGGGGAAUGAAGGGAAGGAAAGGAGAUCAAGGAAGCAAAGGGUUUCCAGGCCACUCAGGAAUAGCAGGUCCACCAGGGAUUCCUGGGAACUGGGGAACCAAAGGGAGUAAGGGCCAGCCUGGUGAGCCUGGGAUGAAAGGAGAGAUCGGACUACCUGGAUCUUGGGGAAUGAGGGGAGCUGAUGGUCCCCUUGGCUAUGGUGGGGCAGGAAAUAAAGGAGUUAAGGGCCAGAAAGGAUUUCCUGGAGAUAUAGGACAGGAGGGUGAUGUUGGUGACACUGGAAUUCCAGGAGAACAUGGACCAAAAGGGAUUCGUGGGCAAAAGGCAAGUGGAAACUUUAUGUUUUAUCUUAACUCAGUUUUUGUGUGGCUAGAUAUUUUUUCAACCCCCCCCCGACCCCUUCUUGGUCCUGCAGGUGCUUCUGGUAUGAAGGGGACACCAGGAAAUCGAGGUCCUCCAGGACGCAGGGGUAUUAAGGGUGAAAAGGGUGUUGCUUCCUUUUCGCCCUGUGAGCUCAUUGCUUAUAUUCAGGAGCACAGCUCUUGUUACGAAGGUGGGUCUGUUUUCUUCCAGAAUUCUUUUUCUGUGUUACCAAUUGCUUUGUUUUGCAUGCUAGGAAGACUGGAAUGCCCAGUGUAUCCCACUGAGUUGGUAUUUGCCUUGGAUGUUUCCCAUGACACCACACCCCAGCUAUUUCAAAGAAUGAAGGAGAUUGUCAUAGAAGUUGUCAACAAUACCAAAAUUAGGGAAAGCAAUUGCCCGGAGGGAGCCAGAGUGGCUGUCGUGUCCUACAGCUCAGAUACCGACCAUCUCAUUCGCUUUUCCGAUUUCCACAGGAAGAGGCAAUUGAUUCAAGAACUUGCUGCUCUUUCUUAUCAGAGAUUGGCAAAUAAAGCAGACCUUGGUCGGUCUAUGAGAUAUGUUGCCAGGAAUAUCUUCAAGAGAACUCUCCCAGGGGCAACCGUGAGGAAAGUUGCUGUAUUUUUCAGCAGUGGUCAAUCUGUUAAUCUAAAUUCCAUCAACACAGCAAUCUUGGAAUUCAGUGCUUUCGAUAUUGUUCUGGCAGCCAUUACUUUUAAUAGCACUUCUGAGAUCAAUCGUGCUUUAACGAUGGAUGAUUCUGAAAAGUUUCAAGUCAUUACCAUUCCCAGGAGAGGAGAUUAUACACCCUUUUUACAUAAACUACUGCUAUGUACCCUAUGCUACGACAAAUGCAACCCAAAUCUUGCUUGUGAACAUACCAGAAGAAAUCAGCCACCAUGGGCGUAUGUGGACAUUGCUUUUAUUUUAGAUAGCUCAUGGAAAAUGAACCCCAGUGAAUUUGAGAAGCUGGGGAGUUUCUUAAGCAGGGCUCUUGACAAUUUUGUGGUUUCUUCUGAUCCUGUAAUUUCUUCACUUGGUGACAGAGUAGCUAUAGUGAGCCAUGCACCAUCACUCUUCCAAACUCAAAUACAGAAAAAUCCAGUAAAGAAAGAGUUUGACUUGGUGACCUAUGGUGAGACACGGUUGAUGAAGAAGCAUAUCCAGGAAUCCCUUCAACAUCUAGGUGGAGCUCCUGCGGUUGGCCAUGCCAUUCAGUGGACUCUUAACCACAUUUUUUCAUCAGCUCCCAGCCCAAGAAAACACAAAGUUAUUGUGGUCAUAUCUGCUGGGGAAUCAAGCCCGUGGGAUAAAGAUUUAUUAAAGAAAGUGUCUCUCAGAGCCAAAUGCCAAGGCUAUGCCCUGCUGGUACUUUCUUUGGGACCUACUUACAAUACUACAGAACUUGAGGAGGUAGCAAGCCCACCAUUGGAGCAGCACUUAAUUCAGCUUGGGAGAAUCCACAAACCUGAUUUGGAUUAUGCACUUCAGUUCCUGAAAACAUUUCUACACCUCCUUCGGAAUGGAAUCAAUAGCUAUCCGCCAGCUGAACUCAGAACAAAAUGUAACAAGAUCAACAUUCAGAAAACCAAAUACACAUCAAGGAGUCUCAGUCUCAUAUGAUUAGAAGAUCACAUCAUCGUCCUGAUAUGAAAAAAAAAGAGAAACGUUCUUUAUCAUUGAUCAGAAGGCAUUUGUAUGUUCCCAGUUACAUCCAACUGUGUCGUUUGUCUCUUUGAAAUGUUUCAAAUGUGCUCAACUCCUGGGAAUCACAAGCUCUAAUGAGAUAAAUCACAGGAAAUCCAUGGAGGAGGUCUUAUCGUUUUUACUUUUCAAAGAAAACGUGAUAUAUCAAUUUAACAAGGCUGUAUCUUCUAAUGCACAACAUCUGGAGAGACAUACUUGCCUAGCCCUGCUCUACAAAAUUGCCUGGAAGAACCUAAAUGCAAAGGUAUCUCAGACUUUCCUUUGAAUGUGUGAAAGGAACCGCAGUUAGAAGACUUGAAUGUAAGGAAUUAUGAUCAGAUUUCCUUGUAUUUACAUUUGAACUGGAGAGUGCUUGUGCUGAACUUUGACUUCUACCUACAUUCACUAAUGCUUACCAUGGCACUGCAUAGUAUAAUGACAUCAACAGUGGUAUAAAGUCCCCAUUUCAAGGAUGGGCAUCUUGUAGCCCUUCAGAUGGCAGAUCCCAUCAUUCUUCAUCAAUGGCUAUCCUGACCAAGGUUCAUGAGAGUUGCAGCCCAUCAGCAUUUGGAGAGCUGCCUUACCCUCCCGUCCCAGCAAAAUGAGCAAAGCUAUGUCUGUUAUAUAUUGCUUACCAUGCACUUUACAAGUUGAAAUUUACUUUCAAAACAAACAAGUAUCAGUUUAAAUAUUGUUUCUCAUUGUAAAGUAUCGCAUUGGCAUGUAUGUGGCUUGGCUAGAUCUCUGCUGGAAUCCAGCCAGGAUUGCUGAACUGCACUGUUAAACUGGUGAAUGUUCCUUCGGAAAUGUUUGUCACUUAAGCCAUUUUGUAAAAACCUUGGCUACUCAGUAAUGUUUCUGUUUUGGCAAGAUGCAAUGUAAUGACCUCUGUUUGACUGAGCAUUGUUGACGUAAUUGUAUUACAUGGCCUGUAUCCGCUAAUGUAUUUGGCAGUUUAAAGGGUCCUGGGUUUUUAAAACAUAGAAAGUAAAUAAAAUAAGGAAUAUUGUGUGCUACAGUGGCACAUGCAAUAAAGUAACAUGUUUAUUUUU